GUCAUCCCGAGCAGCCGAGCACCUGCCAGCUCAGGGUGACAGUGAUUGACGAGGCCGGGGCUGCCGGAGCAGCUGGCAGGGCAGGAGGGCACUGCGGGCACCCCGGGAGGAUGAGGGAUGGGGGCACGGGGGGCGCGGUGGGCAGGGGGACGGUGUGUGCUGGCGGCCACAUCUCCAAAACCUUGGGCUACCUGGAGAUGGGCACCUCGGGCCUCCUCAAGCACGUCCCCUACGGCACCCUGAAGCCCCCGGCGCUCGACCCCGGGCGCCUGAUCCCGGCAGAGCCUCCCAGGGGGGGCGCGGGGACCCCUGCGGGCACCGCCCGCAGCCCCUGGCACUGGCAGAAGAACCAGACGGCCGGGGAGCCGCCGAGCCCCCGCGCCCACCGCAAGCCCACCCUCAAAUCGAGCCGCACCAAGAAGAUUUUCGGCUGGGGCGACUUCUACUUCAACAUCAAAACGCUCAAAUUCAGCCUCCUGGUGACGGGCAAAAUCGUCGACCACAUCAACGGCACCUUCAGCGUCUACUUCCGACACAACUCCUCCAGCCUGGGCAACGUCUCCGUCAGCAUCGUGCCGCCCUCCAAGGCGGUGGGCUUCGAGGUGUUGGUGCCAGGCCUCCCAGCUCUGCCACGGCCGCCUCCCCCUCCCCAGCAGAGCACCCUGCCCGAGGGGCGCCCGGCCAAGGCGCUCAACUGCCACGUGGAGUACGAGAAGACGAACCGGGCGCGGAAGAACAAGCCGUGCCUCUACGACCCGUCCAAGGUUUGCUUCACGGAGCACACGCAGAGCCACGCGGCCUGGCUCUGCGCCAAGCCCUUCAAGGUCAUCUGCAUCUUCAUCUCCUUCCUCAGCAUCGACUACAAGCUGGUGCAGAAGGUCUGUCCCGACUACAACUUCCAGCAAGACAACCCCUACUUCGGCUGA